GCGCUUCAGUCCAGGAUACGACGCUUUGGCAAGCGGUUCGUUGACUCUGGCCCACGCAUCUUCUCUCUCUUUUACUCUACCUCUCUCUCUCUCUCUCUCUCUCUCUGUCUCUCUGUCUUUCUCUGCCUGUCUCGUCUCUCGGUCCUUUCGUCUCGGCUUGCGUCCGCACUGCCCGCUCCACCUGGGACGAUUACAUGUGCCGCGGGUAUGAGAGGCCAGCAGAGCGCGCAGGAGGCUGCGCCAGCGGACGACGGCGACGAGGACAGUGAGAGCGAGUUAGGCGGUGACUGGCCGCCGCCGCCGCCGCGCUCGGCCGGUUAAGCGGCAGCAGGCGCGAGGAGGGAGCUGGCGCGCCGAAGACCAAGCCGCCCAGUAACGUCGACGUCGUCGCCGUCGGCGCUGUCGCCCUGCGCCGCUGUCGUCGUCGUCGUCCGUGCCAACUCGUCCGGCAGCAGCCGCCGCCGCCAUGCCGGAUCCGCGAGAGCAGCGCAGCCCCUGGCAUUCAACGCUAGCCUAGGACUUCACCACACUCCAGGCUUUCGCAAUGUGGCCUGGAGCACUACCGCUGAUAGCGUUACUGGCACUACUCCUGCUACAUCCAGCGAGAUGUGGGCAGCCAAAGAAGAUGAACUUUCGGGAGAAGGAGAAGCAGGUGCUGGACGACAUCCUCGGCCCCGGCAGCUACGACGCCCGCAUAAGGCCGAGCGGCGUAAACGGCACAGAUGGCCCGGUGCUCGUUAUGAUCAACGUCUUUCUCCGGUCGAUCAGCAAAAUUGACGAUUAUUUCAUGGAAUAUUCCGUUCAGUUGACCUUCCGAGAGCAGUGGAUUGACGAGAGAUUGAAAUUCAACGACGUCGGUGGUAAAUUGAGAUACUUGACGCUGACCGACGCGGGCAAGAUAUGGAUGCCGGACCUGUUCUUCGCGAACGAGAAGGAGGGCCACUUCCACAACAUCAUCAUGCCCAAUGUCUACAUCCGAAUCUUUCCGGACGGAGCGGUGCUCUACAGCAUACGAAUAUCGCUGACGCUGUCGUGCCCGAUGAACCUAAAGCUCUACCCGCUGGAUCGGCAAACUUGCUCUCUACGAAUGGCCAGCUAUGGAUGGACCACGGCCGAUCUCGUCUUCCUGUGGAAGGAGGGAGAUCCGGUGCAGGUGGUCAAGAACUUGCACCUGCCGCGUUUCACCCUCGAGAAGUUUCUCACGGACUACUGUAACAGCAAGACCAACACCGGGGAGUACAGCUGUCUGAAGGUGGAUCUGCUCUUCAAGCGGGAGUUCAGCUACUACCUCAUCCAGAUCUACAUACCAUGCUGCAUGCUGGUCAUCGUCUCCUGGGUGUCCUUCUGGCUGGACCAGAGCGCCGUGCCUGCGCGCGUCUCUCUAGGAGUGACCACCCUGCUCACGAUGGCCACGCAGACGUCCGGCAUCAACGCCUCUCUGCCGCCCGUCUCUUACACCAAGGCUAUCGAUGUCUGGACGGGCGUCUGUCUGACUUUCGUAUUUGGCGCGCUGCUCGAGUUCGCCCUGGUCAACUACGCGUCUCGCAGCGAUAUACACCGCGAGAACCUCAAGAAGAAGUAUCAGGAGAUGGAACACUCCACCUCGGUUGAUCCGGCAUUAGAGCCCUUCGAACCUGAUGCCCAUGCCAAAUUCGCCAUGAAUCUGCCGCCUUCGCUGACGGCGACGGCGUCGCCAGAUUGGAAAUCAAAGGCAGCGCAUUUCUUCCAGAAGCCAUUGGUACGGCAGACGGAGGGCGGCACGAUGUCGAUGGAGAAGAUGCGGCAGUGCGAAUUACACACGGCACCGCCGAAAAAAAACUGCUGCAGGUCGUGGCUGUCCAAGUUCCCGACGAGGUCCAAGCGCAUCGACGUCAUCGCGCGGAUAAUAUUCCCCCUCGUGUUCGCGCUGUUCAAUCUCGCGUACUGGUCAACGUACCUAUUUCGAGAGGAAGCGGAUGGCGAGUAACGCUCACCGACGAGGAGGCGCUCGGAUCAAGGGACGUGGCACACGGCCACCUCUAUUACUCAGCCACCGAGCCCACGUCGUCGUCGUUGUCAGCGGCCGCGGCGGCGGCCCCGCCGUCCGGCGCGCUGCUGCACCAGCAGGCCCA